AUUUGCUUAACUUAAUAGAUCACUUCCACAGUAGAGGUCUUUAUCGUUCCCUAUUUGUAAGCAUAAUGGAAGGGGAGGAAUCCCUACGACGGUUCUCUCCAGAAUUGAUGGUUCAAGAUCCAAACAUUGUAAAUGCUGUUUCUCUACUACCACCUGUAGUUCUUUUUCAUGGCACUGGAGAUUAUUCCAUACCAUCGGAUGCCAGUACAUCAUUUGCUGAAACUCUCAAAAGAGUUGGAGUCAAAGCUGAAUCAAUUUUGUACGAAGGGAAGACUCAUACAGAUGUGUUUCUACAGGAUCCCAUGAGGGGUGGCCAAGAUGAUAUGUUUGAUGAUUUGGUAGCAUAUAUUCACUCCGGUGAUGCUGAGGCCCGUGCUAGAGACGAAAUGGCUCCUCCAAGGAGACGCCUUGUACCCGAAUGCAUGUUAAAAUUGGCUCAUAGCGUCAGUCCCUUCUAGCCAGCAAGUAGAAUCAAAUAACUUCCACAGUUUAUUUUUUAUUUUUAUUUUUUUCUGUAUAUAACCAUUAUUGUGGCCCUGCAAGAUGACUUUCAAACAUGAUAGGUUUACCGGUCUCGAAGGCUACGAAUUAUUCCAUUAGUAUAUGAGGAUUUAACAUUUUACACAACUAGACUCAUAUUUUGGUUGUCAGGAAAUCGGAUAUUCAAGUGGUGUUUAAAACAUAA